GUUCAAGUUCGUGGUAUUUUCUGAAACUCUGGUGGCUGAGGUUUUAGCUGAUAAACCCUAGAAAACCAGAGCAGCUUAAGCAAGGUGUCAGCUUCUUCUCUUUCAUUAUCAGUUCGAAAUUCUAGCAAAAAUCAUCACUUUGAAGUCAAUGCCAUGGUUGUACCGGAGGAGAAAGUUCCCUCCUCAUCAGAGGUAGAGGCAAUGAACAAAAGGCGCAAGAGGAAGAGACCCAAGAAAAAUCUUCCUUCAACGGGUGCCGAAGAAUCGGAACUUCAAAAUCCAGUGAAAGGUGAAGAAGAAGAAGGGGAAGGAGAUGCUGAAGGAAAUAUUUCAGAGGAGAAAGUGAAAAAAGACGAGAAGAGGAAGAAGAAGAGGAAGACGAAAACAAAGACGAAGGGCGAGUUGGAGGAGGAAGGACACGAAAAUGAUGAUGGUGAGGAGGGUGAGGAUGGCAUGGAAGGGAAAGUUGAGAACGAUGAGGAGAAAGAGAACGAGGAAAAGAAGGUUAAAACUGGUGGAUCAGGGAUUAUGACUACUGUUUCGUUUGAUUCGCUUGACCUGUCGGAGAAAACUCUCCGGGCGAUUAAAGACAUGGGAUUUGAGCAUAUGACUCAGAUUCAAGCCAAAGCUAUUCCACCUUCUCUGGUUGGGAAGGAUAUUCUUGGAGCCGCAAGGACUGGAUCUGGGAAAACUCUUGCCUUCCUUAUACCAGCUGUGGAGUUGCUACAUCACAUCUGCUUUACUCCUCGUAAUGGAACUGGUGUUAUUGUGAUUUGCCCAACACGGGAGCUUGCAAUGCAGACACAUGAAGUGGCAAAAGAGCUUCUCAAAUAUCAUUCACAGACACUUGGCCUUGUUACUGGUGGUUCUAGCCGACAAGCUGAGGCUGAUCGUAUUACAAAGGGGGUCAAUCUAUUAAUAGCAACCCCUGGUCGACUUCUUGACCAUCUUCAGCAUACCAAGAAUUUUGUGUUUAAAAAUUUGAAGUGCCUCAUAAUUGAUGAAGCAGACAGGAUAUUGGAAACCAAUUUUGAGGAGGAAAUGAAACAAAUUAUAAAGCUUCUACCAAAGAAUAGGCAGACUGCUUUGUUCUCAGCAACCCAAACACAAAAGGUUGAAGAUCUUGUUCGCUUGUCGUUUCAGUCAACUCCUAUUUAUAUUGAUGUGGAUGAUGGAAGAACAAAGGUCACCAAUGAGGGGUUGCAACAAGGUUAUUGUGUUGUGCCCAGUUCUAAAAGAUUCAUUCUUCUAUAUUCCUUCUUGAAGAGAAAUUUAUCUAAGAAAGUAAUGGUCUUCUUCUCAUCUUGUAACUCUGUAAAAUUCCAUGCGGACCUUCUUAGAUACAUUAAGGUCGACUGCAUGGAUAUCCAUGGAAAGCAAAAGCAGCAGAAGAGAACUUCUACCUUCUUUUCCUUCAUCAAGGCUGAGACUGGGAUCCUACUAUGUACUGAUGUUGCUGCACGAGGACUUGACAUACCCGCAGUUGAUUGGAUUGUGCAGUACGAUCCUCCAGAUGAACCCAAGGAAUAUAUUCAUAGAGUUGGUCGAACAGCUCGAGGGGAAGGUAGCAAAGGAAAUGCCCUGCUUUUCUUGAUUCCUGAAGAGCUUCAAUUUCUUAGCUAUCUAAAGGCAGCAAAAGUUCCCGUGAAAGAGUACGAGUUCAGUGAUAAGAAACUGGCCAACGUGCAAUCUCAUCUAGAGAAGCUGGUUGGCAGCAAUUAUUAUUUGAACCAGUCGGCUAAGGAUGCUUACAGAUCCUAUUUAUUAGCUUACAAUUCACAUUCGAUGAAAGAUAUUUUCAAUGUCCAUCGUCUUGAUCUUCAGGGUGUUGCUGCUUCAUUCUGCUUUUCCAACCCUCCAAAGGUGAACCUUAAUAUUGACAGCAGUGCCUCAAAAUUCAGGAAGAAAACGCGUAAAGUAGAAGGGAGCAGCAACAACAGGUUCAGUAAGAGGAAGAAUGAAGGAGAUGAGAGGCAAUUUGUAAGAUACUAGCUCGACUGCUGUUACUCAACAAACCCCUCCAUCAAUAUUUUACUUUUGUUCAAAUUUCAUAGUUCAGGAAAUUUUUACAUUUAUUUCCUGAUGUUCCUACAAUAGUCUGGUAACCAGAUGUGAUUUUGUAUCCUAAUAUUUAUACCCUAGGAAAUUUUUUUAAUGACAGCCACUUAUUAAAUUACACUGUGAUGUAAAUUUCUGGAAUUUUUACAUUUUCAAGGAUUGAGGUCGAAAUAAGAGAGUGAAUUGAUAUUUUAGUUUUAAAAAA